AUGAAUACUACCUCAACUUCAGAAAGUGGAUCAUAUUCCACAAACCACACAAGACCCUUUUUUUAUGCACAGCCAACAGCACAACAGCCUUUUCCAAAUCCAUGGUACCUCAGUCAUGCAUAUAGUCCUUACUGUGUACCUGCUCCAGGCUUUCGAAGUGGAAAUCCAUAUUUUCCAUUUUAUUCUGUUGCGCUCCAUGAGUACCCUGGAUAUUUUGUUCCACAGCAGCCAAUUCAUGCCAGAAUUAAUAGAAGGCCUUAUUUUAAUGCUCCCUCACCUUCCCCUAUGUUUUAUCAUGCAACAAGAUUUAGACACUAUAGUACCUCUGGGAAAAAAAUGGAGACAAAAGAAACACAGACUGAUCCUAGACAGCCUGAAAACAAGCAAAAAAAGCAUCAAGAUACCCCUACAGAAACGAAAGGUUGUGAUGCAGGAAAUAUGGCCUGUGUUUCUUCUGGUAUAGGUACAGAGACUGAAAGUACUUCAGAGAAACAAGAUUCAUCUGGAUCUUCCAUUGUCGUAGACAGAGAGUUUCAUAACAAGAGCCCUUCCAGCUCUACACAGUAUAGAAAUCUUCCUAGUGGAAGCUAUGCCUUUGAGAAGGAAGAAGUGAGGAUAGAAUAUGGAAGUGGCUCUCCAGCUAUUCAACUGUGGAAGUCCUUUAAGGAAACUAUCCCUUUGUAUGAUGUGGCAACUGGUAAACCAGUCCCAGAAAACAUAGUGCAGCGUGACUUAUUUUCUGUUAGCUCAUGUGAAGGAAUGAUAUAUAGCCCUCAUGAAGGGGAGAAAAUAGUGCCAGGAGCUUACUUAGAUGAGAGAAAAGUUGUUCUCCCCUCAAAACAGGGUAUUGAAACUGUGCAAAAAAAAGAGGUCCAAGAUAAUGAAAUGAAGCUGGAUGCAGAAAAGCAGGUGAAUACAAGUCAAUGGGCAAAAACCCCACCAGGUGAAACUGUGGCAGUGCAAAUCACAGAGUUGGCGAGAUCUGUUAGCAUAGAUCAACCAGUGGUAAGACAGGAUGUGAUAGUAGCCAAGAAAUCUAGCUCUAAAAAAUCCACAGGCUCGAAAACCUCUCAAGAAGAGCCCAACUUUAUUCAACAAGCAGGACUACUUCCAUCUAGUAUGGAGGUAAUGAGUGACUUGAGUUUUCAGCAGAAAAAGAUGAAUCUAAGCCACAGUGUGACAAAUGAAAGUCAAACAGAUAAAAGUAUUUGGUGUGAAGAAUCAAUUGAGAAGUAUGUUCCCUCUAACAGUUGGCUGACUUGUCUGGACAGUAUGGACACAAACUACAACUACGAUGUAUGUUUGCCACAAAGGAAACGUCAAAGCAUACUCAGUCUUUCUUCUGAUGACAUGUCCUCUAGAGAGGAAGGCUCAUCAAUUGAUAAUGCCCCAGUGUCUUAUUUUGUCCCUGACUAUGUGCUUCAGAAAAGCAUGUAUACUUUCCAGAAAAGUACAGAGGGCCUAGAGAGAGAGAAAAUUAAAAGUGGUGGGUCCCUUAAUGAAGAUGAAGUGAUAGGAAGGGAGCAGGUGAAUGGCUUGAAUGACCAAGAUGUCAAAAACUCUUCAACCAUGAAGAUUAAAGAGGCUUCCAGUAAAGGUAGAAAGGUGGGAGCCAUUCAUAGAUCUUCUAGUUGGAAAAAAAUCAAUUCUCUCAAGAAAAAAGCAGUUAAGAGUCUGUUAGAAGUUGAGGACUCUGAAGACUACUCUGUGAGGGGAGAAGAGGAGGAUGAAGAUGGAGAGGAGGAGGAGGAUGAGGAUGAUGAUGACAUGGAUGAAAUUGAAUAUUUCUUUCAAGAAGCCACUCCAUAUGGAAUCUUGAGGCCUAGUAAAGGAAGUUUCUACCAACUUGGCCAGAGAGUGCUUUGGAAACCACCUAAAAAUGCUAUACCAGCUCAAUUAAUUAGCUGGCCUGCUCAAGAGAAAAUAAAAACUAGGAGUGGGUUUGGUGAAAACAUUGGUGUAGUUUACAAGCCAAAGGAGACAGAACAAGAUGAAGUUGUAUACAGUGACUAUGGGUAUUAUGGACGAAAAAAGCCGACAGCAAGAAAAGGCCUUGAACACCAGCGAAUGCUACGGAAAUUCUUGGGAGGAAGGCUGUUAAGGGAGAACAUGGGGAUACCACCUGAAGAGUAUUGGAUUAGAAGUGGUGCUAAACCCAAAUAUACUGGCGAAAUACAUGGUAGUCUCUCACCCUCAGCCGAGAGCAAAGAACAAGGGUGCCCACCUUUGGUUAAACCAAAGAAGAAAAGAAUAGGCAAGCCACCUUCAAAACGCAGAGACACAAGAUGUGAGGUGGAAGAAGUGUGGGAGAUGCCUAAAAGCAGUGUACGCAAAGCCAUUAAACCUUUUUCUGGUGGAAGAGCCAGGAGCUUUGAAUUUGUUGAUGAUGAUGCUGACACAGGGAACUAUCAGGAGUCACCAGUAAAUCCCAUCACAGGAAGAUCUGCUAAAUAA